AGGUGUGACAGGAGGAGGGGCAACGGUGAGAGGGCAUUGUCACUACUUAGUCUACCCUGUACCAAGUAUGAAUCAGUAGCCAUAGCAGGCCUCAAUUGGGCCACAUCUGGAGAACUGGGGUGAGGGGUACAACAUCACAAAAUAAAGACCCCAGCUCUUUUCGGGCUGGAGAACGCAACACCUGCAACGAAGCCCAGAAGAAAUAUUUGUCUGCCCUCACCCAGCUGCCCCUGAUUGUACUUGCUCUCCUCUGCCCACCUGCUACAGUCCAUGCCUCAUGUCACCUCUGGAGCACCCAGGACGCCCCAGAACAGGCGUCCGUAUUUUCCUGCAAACGGGAAUAUCUCUUCAAGUUUCAUCCGAGUGAUAGUGAAGACACCAACCAAACAGAAAGACUUUACUGUAGCUGGUGACAUCUCCGUGAGGCAGUUCAAGGAGAAGCUUUCGGCUCACUUCAAAUGCCAAGUGGACCAACUAGUGCUGGUCUUCAUGGGCCGCCUUCUCAAAGACCAGGACACACUGAGUCAGAGGGGCAUUACGCAUGGCCACACCAUCUAUCUGGUCAUUAAGUCCAAGAAUGGCUCCAGAUCCCUGGCCCAUACCUCCCAGAACCUGCCAACCAAGGACCGCUGCCACCAGGACAGAAACACCGAAGGAAACAGCAGUGGAGUGUGCCGACCUGCCAGCGUGAGUCAGACCCCCGUGAAAUCUGCUCUCUUUGUUGAGUCUGACGCACCCCAGGUGCAGAACCAGAAUCUGGGAGUGGACAGUUCACAGCACGCAGCACAGAUGCUGGGGAAUCUUCGCACCCAGCAGCUUCUGUCCAAUGUGGAGUUCAUACAACAAUUCAUCUCAAAGCAUCUGGAUAAACAAGAGUUAAUACAGCAGAACCCAGAGGUUGCCCACCUCCUUGACAAUUCUGAGAGCCUGUGGCAGACUCUGGAGCUGAUCAGGAACCUUGCCAUAAUUCAGGAGAUAGUGCAGACCCAGAAACCUGCCCAGAACUUGGAGCAUUUGCUGAACCUAUGGCCUUACCUGGACUUAGAGGCAAUUCCAGGUGGGAACAGUGACCUGGAGCAGAGCUAUGCCGAUUUCAGUGACCAGAUGUUUUACAGCAUGCAAGAUCCUUUGGGGGGCAACCCCUUUACUGUUCUUCUGGCAGGACAAGUAACAAGACAAGUCCAACCCUCACCCCCACCUCCACCAUCAUUCCAGGAGCAGCAAGACCAGCACCCACAUCUCAAAGCAACCCGAGUCAUCUGUACUAAUUCUUGUGGUUUAUCCUCAGUCACCUCAACCAGUGCGACCCCCAACAGGCUGAACCAUACUUUUAGAGCCAACACUGCCACAAUCUCCACCAAGGGCCAAAGCUGUGUCUGUGCCACUGAGCAGCCAGCUGGGAUACCAGCCUUACCUAGCAUAGAAGUCAUGCAGCAGCUCCAGGAAGAAAACGAAGAAAGCAGCAUCUCCGUGUGUAGUUCAGACCAGAGGUCAGAGGAUGAUCCCCAGCUGUCAGAUAGGCAGGCCAGCUCCCAGAUCACAGGAGGCAUGGCACAGUUGCUUAUGAACCACCCUCACCUGGCAGCUCAAAUAACGUUGUUCAUGACCCAGCUGAGUGAACAGCUUAGGCAGCAGCUGCCCACGUUCCCGCAACAGUCAAUACUUUAUCUGCUUUUAGCCCUGGACAAUCCUAAAGCAUCACAAGCAAUAUUACAGAUCAAGCAGGGCCUCCAGCUGUUGGCCCCAGAGGCGCCUGUUCUUCUGUCCUGUUUUGCACCUUACCUACCAGACUUACAUUGGCUGCCUGGCCUCAGCUGCAGCUACCCUGAUACAGUGCCCAGGACCUGGAACCCAGAUGUGGCUGAGCCCAAGAAGGCUGAGUGUUGCUACAAAUCUGGAGCAGUUUUGCACAGGCUGCAUCCCCAAGCUGGAAACCCUUCCCAACCUCCACAGGCUCCUGAGAUUCGUUUCACAAAGCAGAUGAAAUUUCUCCAGACUCUGGGGUUUGGGAAUUACCAUGCCAAUCUCCAGGCACUCAUUGCUACUGAAGGCAACACAAAUGCUGCUAUUUGCAAGCUGAAGAAAUCCCAGGGAUUCUAACCUCCACAUCUACUUGUCUGCUUUCCACCUGCCUAGUGUCAUAACUGACCACCCCAUCUGCAUUUUCCUUCUCUCCUGAUGCUUCCAACUAGGAGAAGUCCUGAAACAGAGAAACCAACCGAUGCUGUCUCCACUGCGUAGUAGACAAUUGGUCAUGGCUGGAACAUCUAUCAAUAAAAUGGCUACACCUACUUGCCCUCA